GACACUCAUUUUGAGCUCAGAGCUAGAGAGAGGACUGUCGGAGGCGCGACUCAAGAUCAAAAUGGAAGCUAUUAAUGGUAACCGGGGAUAUUACAACAUGGAGGAUCGGGAUCUGAAGCAUGGGAAACAUUUGCAAUGCCAGGACGAGAGGCUAGACAGCGGGUUGGAUUCUUUGAAAGAGGAGGAAUAUCAAGAAAUCCUGCAGGACAUGGAAAACCUGAGGGUGAAUCCCACGGAGGCCAACCGGAAUGACUUCCACAACGACCCGUGGAAACUGCAGAGGACGGAGGACGGAGACACGUUGCUCCACCUGGCUGUUAUUCACGAGGCCGCGGACUGCGCCCUGCAGAUUAUCGAGCGCUGCCGCGGUGACCCGUUCCUCAACGUCCAGAACAACCAGAGACAGACGGCUCUCCACCUGGCCGUGAUAAUGGAGCAGCCCCAGGUUGUGGAGAGGCUGCUGACCGCUGGCUGCGACCCCAGGCUGACGGAUGACUGUGGAAACACGGCCCUGCACAUCGCCUGUAAGAAGGGCUCUCUGCACUGCUUCAGCGUGCUGACCCAGGGCAGCACACAGCACCUGCCCUACAUCUUCAACACCACCAACUACAACGGACAUUACUGCCUCCACUUGGCCUCCAUCCACGGCUAUCUUUCGCUGGUGGAGAACCUCAUUCAGCUGGGUGCCGAUAUCAAUGUGCAGGAGCAGUGCAACGGCCGGACCGCCCUGCACCUGGCUGUGGACCUGCAGAACCUGCCCCUGGUGCAGCUCCUCGUCGCCAAGGGGGCCGACGUCAACAGCCUCACCUACGGGGGCCACACGCCGUACCACCUGACCUACGGCCGGCAGAACGCGGAGAUCCAGCGGCACCUGUACGCCCUGACCGCGCAGGACCUGCGGGAGCUCCCGGAGAGCGAGGCGGAGGAGAGCGACGACGAGCCUCUGUACGAGGAAGAUGACAUGUACGACGACAUUCAGCUGGUGCGGCAGUAGUGCUCGGGCCCGGGAGCCUCGCGCUCUGCUGGAGGAGCAGAGGAGAACACAGCCGCUGGCAGGUCCCAGAGCCUGCCCUGGCCGGCAGCCAGUGCCAGCAGGAGCACUGGCCAGACUCCGUGUCGCCGGGCCGAGGGCGUGGGAAGUGUUUGUGGAGAGGAAGGGCGGGGCGCAGGGGAGCUGGACAGACGGGCUUUGGAACUGAUCGACGCUGUGAGCCCAGGGAGGAUUGCACUGGGACCCAGACAACCAGUUCACUGCACACAGAACCUGUACUGGACCUGAAUUUCCAAAGGACUCUGACUCGGUCUUCACAACCCGGAAUUUCUGCAAGCUGUACACCUUGGAGUGUAAAUAUGUAAAUGAUGUACUAUACAGAGAAAUCUAUUUUUUUUGAAUGAACUCUUUUCAAAUAAGUUUCUUGAAGUAAAUGAAAUGUUAUUAUACAUGAACACUAUCGAGUGUGUGAGUAUCUUGUAUGUUUUAAGUACUAACUGAGGAGCCAUACCUGUAUACAUACUGUAAGCAAGAAUAAAAAGAGAACCAUGA